GUGAUGAACAGCAGUGGAACCAUCAACAAAACACAACAAAUAUGGCGAGUUUACUCAAUGAUAUGAUUAGGGUUUUGAGAUAGUAAAAUUUUAUGGUCACUCCUCGCUUUUCUCGUCCCCUUCCAGCCUACCGAUAUCCAGGAAUAAAUAAGUAGCCUCUUAUAUUAAAAGCAGAAUUAAUUUUUUAAUUAAAAACUUCUAAUUUAACCCAAUAGUCUACAUAGAGAAAUACUUUACAUUAGCAACUGAAUUUUAAUGUACGGUGAUGAAGAAGUUAACAAUGGUGAUUGGUCUGUAAUUCCUUCUAGUCUUUCAAGAGCCAAGAACCUCCGGGCCGUCUCGCCAAUUUAGCCUGUACAUAAUUUUGUAAAGUAAAAGUUGCAUGAGGGAUGAAGGGAAAGAAGGAGUUGGGUCACAGGUGCGAAGACUGCGGAAGGGAGUUCACCCUCGCGUACAACCUGAAGAAGCACAGGCGUACGCACACAGGCGAGAAGCCGUACCGGUGCAAAGAGUGCGGCCAGUCGUACAGCCAGAGCGGCGGGCUCAAGAACCACAUAAUGAGCAUACACAGAUCGGACCAGGUCUUCAACUGUCACUACUGCGGAAAGGGGUUUCCGAUCAAAGACAGGCUCAAGCUUCACCUACGCAUACACACUGGCGAGAAGCCUUACAGUUGCCCUCACUGCCCGAAGAAGUUUGCAAGGGGUAGCCAGCUCUCGCAGCAUCUGAGGACGCAUACGAAAGACAGGCCGUACAUCUGCGCUCUAUGCGGUGCCAAUUUUGUAUGCAAGACGAACCUGUUGAACCACAUAAAACGGCAUCAGGGCGAGCGCAACUACACGUGUCACAAGUGCGGCAAGGGUUUCAUAAGGCGCGACGGCCUCCAGAAGCACCUCAUGUGGUACCAUGCGAACUAUAAGGCGUUUGAAUGCAAGAUAUGCAACAAGAAGUACAAGGGUCACCUGCUUCAGCACAUGCGCAUCCAUAUGGCCGAGAAACCGCAUGCCUGUUCACAUUGCAAUAUGAGGUUUGUUCAAAGAUCCCAGUUGACAGUACAUGAAAGGACACAUUCGGGCAUUAAGCCUUAUCGAUGUGCUGUGUGCCAUAUGGCAUUUGCACAUUCGACAGCUUUGAAGAUGCACGUACGGCGGCACACGGGUGAAAAACCAUUCAAGUGCCUCAUCUGCAAAGACAAGGCAUUUUCCCAGCUGCCUCAUCUGAAGAAACACAUGCUUUCGAUUCACAAGACGAACAAGCCGUACAUCUGCACUGGCUGCCAGUCGUACUUCAAGACGAAGAACCAACUGCUCGAACACGAAGAGACAUGCGAACGAGUAUCUAGGAAGAAAAUGGAGCCCGAGUUCGAGGGCGGGAUGCCACUAGAGAAAAUGAGACUCCUUUUAGCGGUGCUCCUCCAAAGGAUUUCGACACCGGAAAAGUUACAGAACCUAGGCUAUGGGAAAAGGCUGAUAGACCUCGUACUCAAAGAUUCGAUUGAACAGUCGGGACGAGAUCCUUGCAAAGAAAAUGACCUGUCCGAGUCGGAACGCCUCAAGAAAAAUGUGGAGAUCCUCCUCGAGUGGACUGUUCCGAAAGUGUACAUGGACAAGUUCAAACAGGAGAAACGCUCGAUGGAGGAGCUACUAGAAGAAUUUACUACAUGACGCACAAAACGAA